AUUCGAUAUUUUUAGAUGUUCUAGCAUUCACUUAUACAAGUUGCUCCACAGGUAUCUUGUUUCUGUUUUUACAGUCUACUUCACAAAAACAGGAGAAUCCAUUGUAAAUGCUCGAACAUCUUAAGAUAAUUAAAAAUAAAUUAAUCUUCACAGACGCUAAGAGAAUGGAGUGAGGGCGCAUUUUUAUAGCGGAAAUUAGAUGCUUCAUCAUAAUAUAACCAUUAUGCAGUUAUAAUUACGCAGAAGUAAGAGAUCACGAAAGUUGCAAUGGCUGUCGAAUCUGCAGAAGCCCCGACUGGAAAGAAAUCGGUGAAAGAAUAUGCCACUAAGAUAUUUAAGGAGUCAUCCGUCAGCAUCGUCUCGUCUAUCGUGGCGACGGGAAAUAACCGGCGGAAGGUUUUUCGUAUUCUAGUAUUUCUGCUGUUUACAGCUGGAUUUCUGUAUCAGUGCAUCAAGUUCCUUUGCUACAUGCUUCAGUAUCCAACUGUCGUCAAUAUUGAAAUGAGCAGACCUAAAGAAUACAUGGCACCGGCUUAUACUUUUUGUAAUUACAACAUAAUAAAAAGAAGUGACUUUUGCGAGGCUUUUCCCGAUAAAUGCGUUGAUUCUGAUGAAACAUUGUGCGAAGAACAACCACGAUACUGCAGAGGUAAUACUACAACAAAGAUUCCAGUUAAAGAUGCUUGGAAGUUUUUGAGAAACACGGGACAUGCUUUAGAAUUUGGUCAUGAUGUGAAGAACUUUUUAGUUCGUGGCAAUUGGGAGAAACCAAAUGGACCAUUUUUGAGGGCUAAUACAGAAGAAGAAACCACUUCAACGUGCUAUUCUCUCGGCGAACGAAUCAACAGCACUUCAUCAGCUCGAUAUAUAAAAAAAGUGGGAAAUUGGAAGUUCCCUAAUGACGAUUUAAUAUUUGAUCCCGAAGAGCAUGAGAAAUUCUUCCCUAACUCCAUACCAGGUAUGUUGUUUUCCGUACAUAACCCAUAUGAAGCUGUUAACCCAUUUGAACAAGGGACUUUUAUGAGACCGGGUUAUUUAUACAGGAUAACGAUACAAAAGGUAGUAGAAGAACUAUUACCGUACCCAUAUAAAACUGACUGUGUAAAUUACACAGAUGUGUGGCUUAAAGCAAAUAAAACAGGUCCGCGCUCCCAAGAAAUGUGCAGGCAUAAAUGCCUCGGUGAUAUUGUGGAACAAUGUUUUAAUUGUACUACUGCAACUCUUCUGUACCCGGCGAAAAUAGAUUAUUGUGAAGCAGAAUUUUCGAUGUAUCCUAUGAAAUUUGAUGACUGCCCAGAAGAAUUACUGAUAAAUGCAUAUGACAUAUGUGGAGCGAAAUGCAAAGAUGAUUGCGUGCGGUCGAAAUUCUCUUAUGAAGUGCAGGAGACUUAUCUAAGACAAAAUAUGUUCUAUGAGGAUGAAGACUUUUCGCGCAGGAUUAGAGUCGUAAUUUAUUUUGAUGAUUCAGAAACUCUAAAGAUACGUUAUAAACCUCAAUAUCAGGAGGUAGAGACUUUUAGUUACAUUGGAGGAUUCAUUGGCAUUUGGUUAGGAAUCUCCUUAGUCCAAGUCGCUGACGUAUUUGAAUCUGUUUUCUUGAUUGGAAGAUAUUUCUUCAGAAAAGGAUCAGGAGCCUGUUCGAGAAAAUUCAAGAAAUCGAGCGAAGCUGAAUCUCCUUAAAACUGCAAUUAAUCCUUUAAUACGGAUAAAACUAUGUCGGUUUACGAAGCGGAAUGUAAAAAGAUUGAUUUAAAUGAAUAUAAAUGUAUAAAAGUUUAUAAAAUUCUUAGUAGAUAUAUAAGCAUUUAUUUGCUAACAACGUACAUAAUAACAAAGAAAUAUGAAUGAUAUAUUUUAAAAAUAUGAAUCGUUUAUUGAUGACAGCUGGAAUUAAAGGGUUAAUUGCCAAACUUUCACACUUAUAAAAUAAAAAAAAAACAAAAAAAACAUUGUCAAAUGUGUAUAAUUGCAUGUUGUUUCUUAAAAUGUUUCCUGUAAUCUCUUUAUCUGCUGAUAUACAUAAAGAUU